GAGUGUCAGUCUGUAAACAGCUGUCGAUCCGCGCGGCUGUGCUCGCCCCUUCGCCUUUCCUCUCGUGGGUCGCGUCAGUGUUGCGUCGACGUCCCCCAGGGUCUGCUCUUUCAUCCUCGGUCUCAUCCCUCGAGUGCUACUCCACUCUCAAGUGUAUCCUAGUGCGAGUUUUCGGCGCCGUCUAACGUCUAACGUCCCGCAGACCUCUAGUGAAGUUUAUUCUACGUCGUUUCUAGUCUCUUCCGCCAGUUUCGCAACUGGUCGAAAAUUUGGUGGCAUUUCAGGCAAAAUUUUCGAGGCCAAGUUUCACAAAAUUGUUGAGCUACAAUUUUUUAGUUGUCGCUUGCUGCAAGAUGUUUUGAGGUCGGUGUGCGCCCUUAUCGCGGCUGUAAAGUUUACUAAUCGAUAAAAUUAUCGCGCAAUAACUGAUAAAUAGGUGAAAAUUUUCCAUGCAGCUGUCAUUUGACUACGUUUGAAUUGUUAAAUACACUACGGUCCGAGAUAAAGUCUGGGUGCGGUUCCGCUUUUUGCCUUUCUUUCGGAGUGCUUGUAAUACUUGCACGCAUUCGAGUGCCGAACUUUUAAACUGAAACUGACUCGAAAGUUUUGGAGGAGCAUCCUAAGGAUAACAGUGUUGGUUCCCGGUUUCAUAUAGUGAUUUUUGCUAAUCGAAAAGCAAUCGAUUGUAUUACGUCUUCGUACCUCAGUUUCCAGUCACGAUCAAAAAAAAUAUCACGCGCUUAGUGCUUUUUUAACGCCUUUUUGUGUUUAUCUAGUCAAUAGUUGGUGUAAAGUACAUCAACCUGUCGUGAGAGUUGAUCAAAGUCUUCCAAUAAAAUAUACGCUAAUUGCAGUACAUACAAUUAACUGAGAUUAAGUGUGCGUUCCCUUAAGUUUUAUUGCAAAUCUCAUAUAACCGUGCGUUAAAGUCUUUUUCUCUAGACCACUCUCUUUGUGCUGGAAUUUGAAUUCAAGUGCGGCUAUAGAGAAUCUAUUUUCGUUUCCAAUUUGUACACUUUGACAUCGGUUUUAUACGAGUGGAAAAUCAGUUUGAAACACCUGGAAAUCGCAACCGAGCUGAGCUUUUAAAAGUUUGUCUUUUCUGCUAAACCACCCUCUUUUGUGUCGGCUCCGUUGACAAUCAGUGCGGCGAUUUAAGUGCGAGUGCGAUACUUUAAAUCGGUGAUCCGAGUAUCGAGUUGGAGUGUUUCCCGGCGAAGGCGAUGAGUCGUCGGUACGCGGGAAUCCUCGUAGUCGGUGCGUGAGCGGCGUGAAAGUUUCGGGCGAUCGAGCUGGAUUAGCUGGAAAAGUGGACGGCGUUUGGCAGCGGGCCGGGUGGCGCUGCGGCUUUGGCUUGGUCGGCGGAGGAGAUAUUACAGAUGGAGCUCAUGUCGCGAAUAAAGAGCAUCACCGCUAACAACUCAAUUAGGAUGAGCAAAACUGCAAACGGCAAGAUCCCAGAAGCUACAGAGAAUGAUAUCAUGAGCUCAAUUGUCUUUUGCAUACAUCAUAAAGAGGGCUGCAAAUGGAGUGACCAACUACGAAGACUGAAGGGACACCUGCAAACAUGCAAGCAUGACGCAACGCCGUGCACGAACCUCUGCGGGGCGCAGAUCCCGCGGGUGCUGAUGGAGGACCACCUCAAGUACACGUGCCCGCUGCGGCGGACGCGGUGCGAGUUCUGCGGGCAGGACCUCUCCGGCUCGGACAUGGAGAGCCACUCCGGGUGCUGUCCACUGGAGCCCAUCUACUGCGAGAACAAGUGCGGGCACAAGCUCCAGCGGCGGCAGCUGGCCAAGCACAAGACCAACGAGUGCACCAAGCGGCUCGUCUCUUGCCGCUACUGUCUCCUCCAGUACGUGGCCGACACGCUGCCUACCCACCAGGCCAAGUGCUCCCGCGCCCCCGUGCCCUGCCCCAACAGGUGCGAGCUCACCAGCCUCCCUCGGGAGGAGCUCGAGUCCCACCUCAAGGAUCACUGCGGCUCCAUGCUCAACGCCUGCCCCUUCAAGGAAGCCGGCUGCAGAUUUAAGGGACUGAGAGGUGCUAGUUUGGAAAGGCAUUUGGAAGAAAGCAGUCAACAACAUCUGGUCUUGAUGUGCACAGUUGUGUCCAGGCAGCAGAACCAAAUUACUUCCCUCAAAAAUGCUCUCAUCAAAAUGUCUAUCAAUUACUCAGGAACUUUAAUUUGGAAAGUAACUGAUUUUACUGCCAAAUUAGCAGAAGCUCGUAGUAAGGAUGGCAUGGAAUUAAUAAGCCCACCAUUUUACACAAGUCAAUUCGGCUACAAAUUGCAGGCAUCAUUAUUCCUGAAUGGAAAUGGAACUGGAGAAAACAGUCAUGUUUCCAUCUACAUCAAAAUUCUCCCUGGGGACUAUGACGCCCUUUUAAGGUGGCCAUUUGCUCACUCCGUUGCAUUCACACUGUUUGAUCAAUCAGAAAAAGCAUGCAACAUAGUUGAAAGCUUUGUGCCGGAUCCAACAUGGGAAAAUUUUCAAAGGCCAAGUAAGGAACCUGACUCCUUAGGAUUUGGUUUCCCAAGAUUCGUCUCCCACGAAACUCUCAAAAAACGACAGUACAUCAAAGAUGACACGAUGUAUGUUCGUAUCAAAGUUGAUCCAAGUAAAAUUGUUGCUGUUUAGAUUCUUCAUUUUCUUCUGCUGUAUAUUCUGAUCUCAGACAUUUUGUCAUGCUCUCCUACCAAUGUGAAUUUUUAUGUGUGUUUCUGCUGAAAAAGCAUAAUGAACGGCUCCAAUCAAUUUGUUAUCCUCGUUUAGCCCUUAUUUAAACAGGGAAACAUUUUGUCUUACUUCAAUUCCAGAAUUACUUAAUGAAAUAAGGAUAAGUAAAAAGAACUUUUGAUAUAGUAUGCCUAUGAUAAAAUGUUCAAAUAAGAUUUGGAGCCUUGAUACCGAAAUUUUUCAAACAUUAGAUUAUUAUCUUCUCCACAAAAAUUCGGCGCCAAUAAAUAUCAAUUCAUGAUUCAAAGCCCCCUACAAACUCUGAAUUUUUUUUCAAAACUCGGUCAUUUUAAUUGCUCUGUCAAUAAGAAUUAUAAUCUGAAAACAUUAGAUGCGAUGAAUUUAUUUUAUAAUUUAUUCUGGCCAGGCAUUAAAUUAGCAAAAAUUUAGCUGAAGGUCCUGAUAUUUAAGGCGUUGAAUCUUUUGUACAAUCAUGUCUUUCAUUACCUAGUUAUGUUAUCAUACCGAUUUUAGAAUAAGAUGUUUGUAAAGUUAUUGUAAGGCCCCUUUCUCAGCAGUUUUUGUUUUUCUGAGACCCUUAAGGAGUCCAGAAAGUAUAGGCAUUUCCACGACUGAAAUAUGUACCUUAAGAGAGCAGUUUAAAAACAAUUAAAUUCUAACAGAGCUGAAGAGUGUUGAUUGUAAACCGUUAGUCACUUUCCUUCUACUUUCAGCUAUUCAUGAUUACCUCUUCUUGAUUCUCUAGUUUCCUUCAAAGUAUUCUAAAAAAGUUAAAACUGUGUCUCCAAACUUAACGGGUACCAUGUAUACCUCUGUAUGAGCAGAAACCAUGUUCAUUUGUUUUUAAAUCAAAUAUUAAACAAACCAUUGUAAUAUUUUGUGUCAACCUCUUAUGAAUACAUUGGCAGAACUUGUGGAAAAAUUCAUAGAGAAACUUCAUACAGGGGGUAACACUAGAUCCCAGUUAUUAUCAUUCUCCGUUAAAAAUGUAUCUGGAGAUACAUGUACCUUUUGAAAAUAAACCAUCAUUUGAGUGUAGGGUUGAGAGGUAAGAACUGAACAAUCUCUCCCCAGUCUUCUCUCCUUGAAAUGACCUCCCCUCUACAAACCAAAGAAUCUGUUAACUUUUGAUUAAUCAAUUGUAAAUGAAUAUAAAAUUACUCCCUUUCACAAUAAUUUCUCCGAUGCAAUUAUAUCACUCUAUUUCUGACAAGUAUUUGUUUACUUUUCAUGAAAAGAAUUGCUAUAUUGAUUGUCAGGGUUAGUGAUCACUCUUUUAAAUAGUUGUUUGGCUAAGUUCAAGUUUGUAAAUAUUCCUUUUGAAUUGUUCAAAUUAAUAAAUGUGAUAAAAAUUUA